UGUACCCAUGUGGGAAUCGAACUCUUCGGCGUGACGAGCGAAAGCUUUUACCACUAGGCUACCCCACCGCCUCCUAACGACUGUGUCACUGAACCAUUUGAAUAUACACCUGGUGCAGGACUGACAUUGACAAAGGUGGAAGCAUAAACCGAAGCACUGAUGAUUGGAAUCACAUCUGUGACAGUGGAACGGUAUUGAUUGCAUGGAACUCUGGGUAGAAGAAAGGUCGGGGAACGUUUAUCUGAGUAGGUGCUUGGAGUAACAUUAUUAAAGGACCAACCGUUCAGCCUUCCUUUCAGUACCAAGGAGGCUAUACUUCGUGCUGUUAGUAAUCACAGACAUUCCUUGAUCAUUUACUCAGUUCCUGACUGAGAUGUGUUCAACUGAAGCAUCGUCUGCUCGCCGGCUCGCUCAACUGGGACGGAUUUUGAAAUGCAGUUGUGGGAAGCAAGAUUUAGAUCUACAUUGCCCAUGUACAGCGCGGGAAUUCAGCACGGGAAAAUCAUCAGACCAGGAUCGCCCCAAGUCCGGGCCACUUUCAGACCGCUACAUUGCUCAUCUGAAUAACCUAUACCGCCUGACAGCUGACGAGACGGGGAGGAACUCGGCCAUCCACACGCCAGGGUUGUCGUAUGAAGCCAUUGACAGAGAUGGAAACCCCACAAUGGCCAGUGUUUUGAAAUUUGUUUCAACAGCAAGAACAUUUGCCACAAACCGCCGUCUUGAUGACACUGGAAGGACGAUGUUUGACUUCGACCAACUCUUCUCAGACACAAUGUCAUUUGUGGCUUCGACAGAGGUCAUAUCAGAAAAGGCAGUGUACGAUACAUCUGUACCCAAGAGCCCAUUAGAUGUUUUAUAUCAACUCGGGUAUGUGGGCAAGUCUUCCCUUAGUACUGUAGCGUCCAUCGUUGUUCCCUCGACCGGACAGACCAUCCUCAGAAACAUCAAUCAAUUUGUUGUGGUGGAUAAAAUGAGCAGACGACCCACACCACUUCCGGAUUGGUGGCGGGAGAAAUAUGGUGGAAUCGCCAUCUUGAAAGACCCACUGAUCGUUCCAAGAUUGCAAAGACCACCUGAUGCUGUGCAGUACCGUGUCAACGUGGUUUGGUUUGACACUGAUAAUUACAAGCAUACUAACUACACUUGUUAUGUCGACUACUGCGUCAACGCUUUGCAUUAUGCCCUAGAGAAAGGUUGUAUGGGAGCCGUUACCAAGGAUGUGGUGAAACGUGGCAUCAAGUCCAUGAGGAACACUUACAUGGGGAGAGUUUAGAGAACGAUGAGCUGACUGUUUGGGUGUGGGCAUCGGACCAGGAUGACAGAACUGUCCAUUUCGACAUUCAGAAAUUGGACCAGUCUAUAUUCCAAAGCACGUUUGUUUAUCAUGAUGAAUAAUGAUGUUUCAUGGUGAUUUAACGAUCGUAUUUUUCAUGUUUGAUGGUUUGAAUUGAUACACAAAAAAUAUACACAACAGGAAACCGGAAAUAAUUUGCAAAAAAGCACGUGUGUUUAUCAUGAUGAUUGAACGGUAUGUUGGGGUUUCAAAGUUUAGAACCUAUUUAUAAUGAGUGAUAAUUUGAUGCAUCAUUUCGAUGAUACCCAGACGUGCGCAAAAUAAAUAUUGUCGUGGAUAUUCACAGA